AUGACGGCUAAUUCAUCUUUUCCCCUCAAAGAUCAGAGAGAAAAGCAAAAGUUUUUGAUUGAGGUUGCAAACACAGAAAAUCAGUUGUGGUCACUGAUCCAUUCCAAAGGUCUAUUGCACUCUGAGGUUAAGGACUUGUACCGCAAGGUGCGAUCUACUUAUGAGAAUUUCAUACUGAGUGAUCGUGACCAGUUGGAACUUCAGGACAUCGAGUAUUCUUUGUGGAAGCUUCACUAUAAGCGUAUUGAUGAGUUUCGUAAAAGAAUAAAGGGAAGUUUUGUUAAUGCAGAAAGCAAAAAAUUGGCAGUGCCACAAAAUGAUAAUCAUGUAGAAGGAUUUAAACUCUUUCUAUCAGAAGCAAUUGAAUUCUACCAAAAUUUGAUUGUGAAAAUUAGAAAACAUAACAGGCUCCCAGAAGAGUCUGUGUUCUAUAGAAAGGGAGGCAACCUUACCUUUGCAGAACAGAAGAAGAUGCAGAAAUGCCAAUUUUUGUGCCAUCGGUUUUUGGUAUGUGUUGGGGAUCUUGCUAGAUACAAAGAACAAUAUGAAAAACCUGAUGCUCAAAACCGAAAUUGGUCAGUUGCAGCCACCAACUAUUUGGAAGCAACAGUAAUUUGGCCAGAUAGUGGAAACCCACACAAUCAGUUAGCUGUAUUGGCAAUAUAUGUUGGUGAUGAAUUCCUCGCUUUGUACCACUGCAUAAGAAGUUUAGCUGUUAAAGAACCUUUCCCUGAUGCCCAGGGUAACCUUAUCCUACUGUUUGAAAGGAGCAGGUCAUCUCAUUUAUAUUCUCUUUCAAGUGAGUCCCACUUUGAUUUCUUAAAUCCAUCUGAAAGAAGCAUUCUUCAGACUAUUUCAAAGUCAAGCAAUCAUAAUGUGCUGAAAGCUGAACAUAUUUGCUAUACGGAUACAAAGUUAUGGUCUCUUAUUAUUGGAACGUUAAGUUUCUUUCACAUAAAAUCAAGUGAGGACGAAUUUCCUUGUGCUUUUGCAUCUACUAUGGGAGAGUUGGAGGCAUUAAUGGCACUAGAUGAUACAAAAUUAAAAGUCACAUUGGAGUCAUACCAGCGUAUGGAUUCAGUUAGAAAAGGCCCUUUCCGAGCACUCCAAGUUGUUUCUGUACUAAUCUUUACCAUACAGAAUCUAAUUAAGACCCCAGAAAUAAAAGAAUCAAGAGACAAAAAUGAUGUGCAGCAGAAAGAGCUGACACAAUGGGCAUUGACUGCAACAUUCAUUUUCAUGGGACGCUUUGUUGAAAGAUGUUUGAAGGCUGGUGCAACAGAGACUUGCCCCCUUCUACCAGCUGUGCUUGUUUUUGUGGAGUGGUUGGUCAUUAUGCUUGAUGGGGCAGAAAUGCAUGGGGUUGAUGAAAAAAGCAGAAGUGCUAUGUCUUACUUUUUCGGUGCAUUUGUUGAUCUUCUAAAGCGAUUUAACGUCAAUGAGGAUGAGGCCAAGUAUGCAGAAGUUACUCCUCUGUGGGAAGACUAUGAGCUGAGGGGGUUUGCACCGGUAGCUUGUGCACAUGCAUCACUAGAUUUCUCAUCUCAUUGGGAAUAUAUAGACAAAUUUGACACUGCAAUUGAUUGUCGUGCUCAGCGCAUCAUCAAUGCUGCAAUUAAAAUUGCAGACAAAUCAAUUGGUUCUCAAAAGUGGAUUGUUUAUGACAAAUCUGGAAGAGAAUUUAGCAAAGUCUAUAGGGCAGAGUCAAAUGAAUAUCCAGAACUAGAAAGAUUGGAGUCCAACAACUCUGAUGUUAAUCAGAAAGUGCCCAGUCAGCCUAUUCAUGAAGCACCAGAGGAAUGUGAGAAACAGAUGAUUGCUGGGGACAAUUCAAGUUCUAAUGGAAAAUCUGUUACUAUCGAAGAUGAAGAAGUUAUUCUCUUCAGGCCUCUUACUAGACAUAAUUCAGCACCGCUCAAGAUUUCCUCAGCUUUAAAUGAUCCAACCCCUACAAAAGAUAUGGGGGAUCACAGUGUACCUUCUGAUGAAUGCUUGCGUCGUGCUACAUCACUUCUUAUCGCUCAAAACCAGGCUCGGAUUGAUCCUUUAUCUUUUCAUGCUGACAUAACUAAUUUUACGCGCAGCCAGCAGGAGCCUGGUGUACAGGAUAGAGUUGCACAGCCAUUUUUGGAAACUCCAAUCACUGCUGGGCCUCCCUCGCUUAGUGCUUGGGUCCUUGAUGGAGGAAAUAUGAGCAACAAUAGGGAGAAAAGCACAAGUGGUAGUGGGAAACAUGGCUCAAGGUUGAGCCCUAUUGAGGAAAUAGCUUCAGAAUCUUUGGAUGGUCUGUCCAUCAGUGAAAAUGGAUUUGCAAGCAUCCAACCCUCUUCAUCUACUUAUACAGCUCCUGUGCCUUCUGCCCCUAUAUUGCCAGAUGAUGCUGAUUGGUUUAAUGGUGGAAUUCAAUCUAGUUUUAUCGACUGCGAAAGCUCUGGGGGGAUUAGCAUGACAGAUAAUGUCCGUGAUGCAUCGCAUUCGCCCAUAGGUAGCUAUCCAAAAUGGACUGCAACUCAAGGGCCUCCAGAUUAUAGUCCCAGCACUCCAGGCUUCAUGGAUAAAUAUCCACCUUGGCAUCGAAUGACUUCAUCAGAAUGGCUCCGUCAGUACAGAGAAAGUCUCAACCUUGGCCAUCAUGCAUGGCCAAAUUCUCUUCAUCCUCCUGCCAACCCUGGAAACUUGUAUGAUUACGAUACUUACAGGUUUCAUCAUAUCAACCGUUGGGGAAAUCAUGCGGCUUCUAAUCCGGCAAUGCACACGAACAACCCUACAUUGCGUCCGGCUUUUCCUCCAGAUUAUGGUGAUGCAGAUGGGCAAAGAAGGGAGAAGCUUUUUCCUGGUUACCAGAGGACAAGCCCCUACGGUUGUGGUGCUGUGACAGACCUAAAAAAUGAGCAGAGGCCUCUUCUGCAGUACCUUAAGGAGAUGGAAAGGCAACUGCAGCUGGAUCCUACUGCCAGAGACACAUAUGUAAAGGAAGCCCAUUGCUCUGAAAACGGUGGGAUGAACUUAUCAGCAAUGAUCAGGCUUUGCUCGCUAGUUUCAGAUCCAAAGCGAGAUACGAUGGCAAAAAAACAAUCGGAAGGAGAGCAAAUAUCAUCGGCAAAUGCAGUCUUUCUAGGAGCUUUAGCUCCCGGUGUUAACGCUCCCACAUGGACAACGCUAAGAUUUGCGUUUGUGAUGUUGGGUCUGUGCCUUGCUGUGAUGCUGGGCUUGGCAUUCUCUUCCAGUGACUCUUGGUUGGUACUUCAUGUUGCGUUCCUAGUUCUUAUCACCAUGACCCUCUUCUUGCUUCUUAGCUGGUUUCUUGCGCAGACUGGUUUGGUUUCUGUUGAACAUCAAAUUCGUGAGAUGGGCUUAGCGCCAAAUGAUCAAGAGGUGAGUAAAGAAGGCGUGAAGAAAACUGAGGAGAAAUCCCUUUAA